AUGACAAUAAACUACAUCAAAAAUCAGAAUGACAAUGAACCACAGCAGAAUGACAAUGAUCCAAAGCAGAAUGACAUUGCACCACAGCAGGUUAACAAUGAACCACAGCAAAUUUACACUGAACCACAACAGAAUGACAUCGAACCACAGCAGAAUGACAAUGAACCACAGCAGAAUAACAUUGAAGCACAGCAAAAUGACAAUGAACCACAUCAGAAUGCCAUCGAACCACAGCAGUAUGACAAUGAACCACAGCAGAAAGACCGUGAACAAAAGCAGAAUGACACUGAAUCACAACAGAAUAGCAUUGAACCACAGCAAAGUAACAUUGAACCACAGCAGAAUGACAUAUAA